AUGGCGAGCCUACGUCGGUCUCCGUACUUUUACCUCACCUGUCCUCUCUGCCAGCAAGACGUCGAUAUCACACAGCCUGCCUUCUACCGAGUCUUCCCCCUGUACGAUGUCUACUUCCCCUGGCUGGAGGAGGCACCCCAGUGCAAAGAAGGCCUGGUGUUCGUGCAGGGCAUCUUGUUCCAUACCCUUCGCUUCGAGGAAGUGGAAUAUAGCCGCCGAGGAGUACUGAUGCACAGGAGAUGUCUUGGCUUCGUGCAACGUCUGCCGGAAGGGAAGCUCCGUCGCCUACUAGACGUCAUAGAACCGACGUUCCUAUGCGACUCCACGGGGCUGGAGAGUGAGAAUGGCGCAUUUUAUUACCCUCGGAGUGAGCUGGAAAAGGGACAGUCUGGAGAUGUCGACCUCGCCAGACUGCCGGUUGAGAUCAGGAACAUGAUAUCCGGAUAUGACGUUGGCCGACUUGAGUUUCUCGUCAGGUUGGCCGGUCAGCUUGCAAAGCCGCAUAUCGAGCCACUGACCAUCCCGGACACCAGGUUCGAUAUUGCUAUCGUAGAGAUACCGGGGACCAUCAUGCGGAUACAUCUUAUCGACCUUGGAGGCCGGUCGUAUAUCUGCUGUGUAUCCGACCCUGCCAGCGGUGAUACUCGACAAUUGUAUAGGGACUAUGAAUUUGGAGAAAGCAGGUAUCUGGCCAUCAAGACAGAUGGCAUCGGCGUUGUGGACAUGGCACUCGACGAGAGCAAUGGUCGGCCCAACUGGAUCUUCAACCACUCCACCCGUCCAUUUGGCAAGGAGAUAUCGCGGGUUAGAGACGCGGACCUCCACAAGCUGCGGGUCAUCAGUGAUUCGAUGAAAUGCCGAGCCAUACUCGCUACAAAUCGCGGUGGCGUCGAACCGUACUUCGACGCAGCGGCAAAGCCACCCGGAAACUCGUGGAUCGACUCUAGUCUGAGAGUAGGCUCACGGCCUUCCAAGCAUACUAAUCCAUCAACCUACUUCGCUCAAGCAAGAUACAUAUCCUUUGAACAGGCAAAGUCUAUCACUUUCUACGUUAACCUGGUUCGUCUUGGAAUCACGGAAAUAUACGUGAAUGAUACCGAAAACCACAGAGGGUAUACUGUCCAGUUUCCAGAACGGCCCCCAACGCGCAUGAAGGUUUCUGUCUGUCGGUUGAGCCAGGGCCAACAACAUCCUUUUAUCCAGUUUGACAUCGACGGGCAAUGGAUGCCUUCUCUUCCGCAGAGUGGUAUCAUUAUUCAACAGGUGGUAGUGGACAAGGUCAUCGGCGUCUGGUUGGGCGAGACUUUCCCUCUUGACCCCAUACACAUCGGCGUGGUACGACAUGAAUCGGCGCCGAGUCUUCCUCCUGGCGAACAGACGAUGAGGGUCCCCGAUCUGUCAACGUUUACCAGCAGAUGGUAG